CCACACCCCCCUCCCAAAACGACCACCCUCGCCCAUGCAAACGGACUCAACCCUGCUGUUACAAACACUUUGACUUUUCUCGGUAAGGAGAGGGACUACUCGGCACACUUUGGUGUGUAUUUGUGUGAAUAUUUGAGCAGGCUUUGGUGCCACAGGUAGCUGUUUUGAAACUUUUCAGCCCGGGACGCCGCGCAUCUCUUGGCCCGUGAUAUCCAUUUCCUUCACCUUACCUCCGCACGCAAGCCUGGGGUGACUGUCGGGCAGUCAUGCUGUAGAAGUGUCUCUACAAGUGAAACAGUGGAACUCAAGUUUGCGGUGCGCAUGAGCGGGACCAUGCAAGGACAACACAACAGAGGACUGAAGAACCUGAGGCUGCUGCUUCUGUGCCUCUCCAUUGCCAUCCUCGCCUCAGGAGUGCACGCGGGUGGGAAGAAGGACAGUGGCCCGUGUGGAGGAAGAGACUGCAGCGGAGGCUGUCAAUGUUUCCCAGAGAAGGGUGCCAGGGGUCACCCUGGUCCUCUAGGUCCUCAGGGCUCCCAGGGGCCUCCAGGGAGACCAGGUGAUCCAGGCAUCCAAGGACCAAAGGGGCAGAAGGGUGACCGCGGCCGUAGUGGCAUCAUAGGUCCUAAAGGAAAUGUGGGAAUGACCGGCGUUCCUGGGUUUUCUGGAAGUGAUGGCAUUCCUGGCCAUCCAGGACAAGCUGGGCCAAGGGGAAGGCCAGGUGCAGACGGCUGUAACGGGACACACGGAGAAUCAGGGUUAAUGGGGCAACCCGGCUAUAAUGGCGCACCUGGUUUUCCUGGACAGCCAGGCUGGAAGGGACAGAAGGGAGACUCUCUGGAGCUCACUGUGUACAUGGAGCGCUUCAGGGGAGAUCCAGGCACACCAGGGCCCAACGGAAGAUUUGGGCCUCAAGGAAACCCAGGACACCAGGGUCACAUAGGCUUCCCAGGUCCAAAGGGUCCCCCAGGGCCUCCAGGUCCCCGUGGACCAAAGGGCACUAUGACCAAAGUGCUUAAGGGACUCCGAGGAGACGACGGGGAAGCCGGACCGCCAGGGCUGCCAGGAAACUCAUCAGCUCAUCAGCAAAUUAAGCCCCCCUACGGCCUCCCGGGACCUCGUGGUGAGAAAGGUCUGAAAGGAAACAUAGGAGAUCCGGCUGACAACAAAGGUGAAACAGGUGUGAUGGGAUUCCCUGGAUCACGGGGUCCAUCUGGUGCAGAUGGGCGUCCUGGACCAAGGGGGGAUUUUGGUGAACAAGGACCAAAAGGCAGAGAUGGUCCUAAGGGAGUCAGAGGUGACCCGGGAGAACUGAUUUCAUCAGGAAACUGGCCCUGGAUUUCAGGAGCUGGUCCUACCGGUCCUCCUGGUGAGCAGGGUCCACAGGGAGAGAGAGGCCCGGUUGGAAACCAAGGCUUCCCCGGACCCCCAGGACGCCCCGCCUCUGAAACACAGCAACAAGUUUGGGAUUUCAUGGGGCCAUUUGGUAUGAAGGGAGAGCCAGGAGAUAAGGGCCAACCAGGGGAUCCAGGACGCCCUGCUGACAGGGCAGGACCCCCAGGCUCUAGCGGGCGCCCGGGGGUCAGGGGCCCUCCAGGACCCAAAGGAACAUGGGCUGAGUUCUUCAAGGGGGCUCCUGGUGGGAGAGGAAGGCCUGGCAAUGCAGGCUAUAAAGGACUGAAAGGUGAUCAUGGGUUGUGUGAAUGCACCAUUGUAAACUCUCCACCGGGGCUACCUGGACCUGCCGGUGACCGCGGUGAUGCUGGGAUGACCGGAGAGUUUGGUCAGGAGGGUGAUUUAGGAGAACCAGGUCCCCAAGGAGACAACGGAUUCCCUGGACCUCCUGGGCUCAGUGGUGUGCUGGGCCAAAAAGGUCGGAAAGGCGAACCAAGUGUGGCCUCACAGAAAGGAUAUCCUGGAGACCCAGGGGAUCACGGGCGAGAUGGUGAGACGGGAGCGUUUGGCGCUCCGGGCCAAAAUGGUUUGCCUGGUAUCCCUGGGAGCCGAGGUCUUCCAGGAGAAGGUGCCAGAGGAGAACCUGGAGACAAAGGUUUCCCAGGUCGGCCUGGUCGACCCGGUGCACCCGGGCUAAGUGGAGAAGAAGGUAAAGUCCUUGGGGGAGUCAAGGGCCAACGUGGUUUACCCGGUGACGAUGGCCACGCGGGCUAUAACGGAGUUCCAGGAACACCUGGCACCCCAGGCGGCUGUAGUCCAACAGGAGAUGGAGGACAGGUGGAUGUUACAGGUCCUUGUGAUGCUGUUCCAGGACCUCCGGGGCUGCCUGGACCUCCAGGACCCAGUGGAUUACCAGGUCUCCCAGGUCAGCCUGGCCAAAAAGGACCACAGGGCCCACAUGGAGCACAUGGAGAGAAAGGAGAAAAAGGAGAUCAAGGCAUGGGUGGCCAUCCUGGACCACCAGGUUUUUCCGGCCCCCGUGGAGACUUGGGGGUUCCUGGCAGCAAAGGUUCAGCAGGAGUCCCUGGUGUGCCCGGUGAGCACGGUCGGUACGGGGCACAAGGUGAGAAGGGUGCUCACGGAGAGAUCUUUGGAGCAUCACCAGGACCCCCCGGAGACGCAGGGCUGCCUGGGCUUCAAGGGAAUAAAGGCCUAACCGGUGAUCCAGGAGAGCAAGGCUAUCCAGGAAUGGGCGGCAUGCCUGGUAUGAUCGGCUCCAGGGGUGAGAGGGGCCCUCUGGGCCUGCAGGGGGAGGAAGGGAGGCCAGGGCCAGCGGGCAAGUACGGUUACCCUGGUGAUCCUGGACGAGCAGGUCCUCCUGGGCCGCGUGGUGGUACCGGACAGCCAGGUUUACCCGGAGAGAGGGGAACUGAAGGAGACCCGGGACCUCCAGGUCCAAUUGGAUUAAAAGGCAACCCAGGGACCUACGGUAAUGAUGGUGCCUUUGGAGAGCAUGGCCCAUCAGGUGAAAUGGGAAAGCCUGGUGCAGAUGGACGCCCAGGACUUCCAGGAAUGAAGGGAUACAAAGGGUCUUCAGGCUUGCCAGGGUUUGAGGGUAACAGGGGCAAUAAAGGGGUGAAGGGCUUCAGCGGGUUCAUUGGGGAAUCUGGAUUGCCGGGCCAAGUUGGCUUAAAAGGAGUGAAGGGUCGAAGUGGAGAGAAAGGUGAUCGUGGUUUGAGAGGGGCACCCGGAGACAAGCCUCACAUCCCCGCCCAGAUGAUUGUUGACAUGAAGGGAACAAAGGGAGACCAGGGGCAUUUGGGAAAUCAAGGUUUCACCGGGCCAAGAGGUGUUAAGGGUUUGCCCGGUGUGCCAGGCUACGAUGGAACCCAUGGUCCUCCUGGAAACCCCGGCAAUAAGAAAGGUUACCAUGGAGAUCCAGGAGCAGAGGGGCUGCAGGGGAUGAAAGGAAUGCCUGGCCUUACUGGAAAUCAAGGAAUUACGGGUUUCGAUGGAAUGCCAGGCAACAGGGGAAUUAAAGGAAGUCCUGGUGCCUAUGGCGCAACAGGAGACAAAGGAAGGAAGGGAGUCAAAGGUGACACAGGGCCGCGCAUAGACCUUCCAGGAACCACUGGAUUGAGAGGAGAGCAUGGUUCUCCUGGAGAGCCAGGCCAGAAAGGAUUGAUUGGACAACCAGGGGACAGGGGAACACCUGGUUUUGGUGGAAUCGAUGGAAGAAAGGGAGAGUCAGGUGAACCAGGAAUAUCAGGGUACCCAGGCUCUGAUGGGCAGAAGGGAACUCCUGGUAACCAAGGUCAGAAAGGCUUUCCUGGAACGCCUGGAAAAGAUGGACAUCCGGGUUUUCCUGGCUUCCCAGGAAACAAAGGGUUCCCCGGCCUGAAAGGUCUUUAUGGAUUACAUGGACUGAAAGGAACAAAGGGUAUCCCUGGAACACCAGGUCUGGAUACCAUUGGACCAGCUGGGGAAUCAGGAAUCAAAGGAGAGAAGGGAGAGGGUGGUGACCCCAACAGCCAACCAGGUGCUCCUGGCACAGCGGGUUUAAAAGGCUUCCAGGGACCUCUAGGUGACCAUGGUCAACCUGGACCGCCAGGAUUACGCGGCCCUGUAGGACCGAACGGGACCCCAGACAGACCAGGACCCAGUGGGGAUCCUGGUUAUAAAGGACCUAAAGGGUACCAAGGUUUCCCAGGAGCCAAAGGAUUUCCUGGUGUGGAUGCUCCCCCUGGAGAAAAAGGUGUACCAGGAGUACAUGGGUUUCCUGGACUCCCUGGAAGGAAAGGAUUUAAAGGAGAUCAAGGUUCAUUUGGAUACAGGGGGCCAAAUGGUGUCUCUGGGAAGAAAGGAGUGAAAGGAGAGCAAGGAGUGAUGGGAGUUCCUGGUGUUACUGGUGUGAAGGGAGAAAGAGGGCCAUCUGGUCCAAAAGGAAACACUGGACCAACAGGUGUUCGUGGGAUCCCAGGAGACCAGGGUCCUCUUCCAAUUCCCAUUAGAAUUCCAGGAGAGAGAGGCCCUCCAGGUCCGCAUGGUAUCCAAGGACCAAAGGGGGUCAAAGGGGAAACAGGGCCACAGGGCCCCCCUGGGGAUACAGGGUUCAUGGGACCCAUUGGGCAGAAGGGCAUGCCGGGGAUUGGUGGUAGAUCAGGAACGCCUGGAUUUCGUGGAGAGCUUGGACAAAUGGGCCACCCCGGUCUGCAAGGCAUGGAAGGUCACCGUGGAAACCCUGGUAUCCGCGGGUUACCUGGUAUGCCUGGCCGCAGCGUCAGCGUGGGUUACUUGCUGGUGAAACACAGUCAAUCAGAGCAGACGCCCAUGUGUCCUGUGGGCAUGUCGAAACUGUGGGACGGCUACAGUCUGCUGUACUUUGAGGGCCAGGAAAAGGCCCACAAUCAGGAUCUUGGUUUGGCUGGCUCCUGCCUCCCACGGUUCAACAGCAUGCCCUUCCUGUACUGCAAUCCUGGAGACAUUUGUUACUAUGCCAGCAGAAAUGAUAAGUCCUACUGGCUGUCGACGACUGCUCCUCUUCCCAUGAUGCCUGUAGAAGAGGGAGAGAUCAAACCGUAUAUCAGCCGCUGCUCAGUAUGCGAAGCUCCAUCAGUUGCCAUCGCAAUCCACAGCCAGGACAUCACCAUCCCACAGUGUCCUGCGGGCUGGCGCAGCCUGUGGAUCGGCUACUCCUUCCUCAUGCACACAGCAGCAGGAAAUGAAGGCGGAGGUCAGUCCUUGUCGUCGCCUGGCUCCUGCCUGGAGGACUUCCGCACAACACCAUUCAUUGAGUGUAACGGGGCCAAAGGCACAUGCCACUACUUUGCUAACAAGCACAGCUUCUGGCUAACCUCCGUAGAUCAGUCGUUCCACACUGAGCCGGCAUCAGAGACGCUCAAAGCAGGCCAGCUCCUGUCACGCAUCAGCCGCUGCCAAGUCUGCAUGAAGAACUUGUGAGAGACUCUACAGUAUAACGCUGACACAAAGAAGUUGUUGCAUUAAAAGUGGUCUAGUGGCGUCUCUCUAUCCAUGUACUAAACCAAACAAAGGGGGAUCUGACAUACUUAUUUAGAUCAAUGUAAAUGGGAAACAUUCUCCCAGAACCACAGAGCUCAGUUAUGCAAUGACUGUGUGAUGCCUUGAGCUUUGAGUGCAAUGUCCCGCUGUAGAUAAAAACAGGAGAAGCCCCAUAAUGAAGUCAACAGCAUUAUGGGAAAACAAGUAUUUUUUGUGUUAAAUGUGGAUUGGUGCUUACUGUUUAACUUAUUACCUCAGCUACGAUCAUUGUUAACGAUCAGAGGCCGUACACUACAGCUGAACCAAAGACGCCCAUGUGUAUGCACUGCUUCAGUUUAUCUAGAUGUUUUUAUUGUUUAGGGUAUACAGCCCACCAUAAAGCCACUAACACUGCUUCUCAGCCGUAUGAAGAAUAUGUCUUGAACAAUUGUGGUUGAUACUAUUGAUAGUAUUAUCCUGCUUUUAUUCCAUUGCUCUUACAAAACCUUUUUUUAUAAUCCGAGCUUUCAAGCCGUUCGGCCAUUAUUAUUCAUUUCUCAACUAUUGCGAAAAAUCAUCUGUAACUCUUUUAUUUUUCAUACACCAUAUGUUCACACAAUGCACUGAUUCUCUUUGUAUUUAUACCAGCUGAAUGAACUUGACCCCCCUCCCUAAGAGUUUAAACAUAUAUCUUUUCUAAUACUACUCAUGUCACACUCAUUUUACUUUACAAAUCUACUAAUUAUUGAACUGGCCCGAGUUGCCAACAGGACAGAAUGUAAACAGCUCGAAUCAAAGGUCAAGGUCUGACUGCAGCAAAUCCAUGCUGUGGUCACUUAUCCUGGGAUAGAUUGGAGUGUUUUACACAAUUUAGAAAGUAGGUCAAAUGUUCUACUUCUCCUAGAUUCACUCGUUUGGAAAUAAACUGUUUGAUUAGACCAGGAAUAUACUGACAGUUAACUGUAACGUAAUAUUGGUAAUUUUCCUUACAUGAUUAUUUCAUUGGAUUGUAAAGAUUAAAUGUUGUUUGUUAUAGUUC